AUGAGCAACCCUCUUGUGGUUAGCAUCUCCAACCUGGCGGCCUACACGCCCCAAGAAACAAUCGAGCUUGUUUCCCGCUCUGGCGUCAAAAGAGGCAACAUGCGUCCCGACAAGGUCUUUCUCUCCGCCGUCUCCGCAGGAUGUCUUCUUGGCUUUGGCUGUGGCGUCUCGUUGUGUGCAAUGACAGCACCCUGGUACACUGAGAACGCGCCUGGUUUGGUAAAGCUCUUUGGCGCUGGUGUUUUCCCUCUGGGUCUAGUGCUCGUUGUCCUUACGGGCGCGGACUUGUUUACUGCAACUACCAUGGGUCGGCUUCCGAUUCGGAAGAUGCUACUGCAUUGGGUCCUCUGCUUUUUCGGCAAUCUUGCAGGAUCGCUAUUUGUCAUGUCUAUCAUUAUGGGAUAUGGCGGGGUCUUUGAUGCAUCACCCUACAGAGAAGUCGUCAUGUCCUUCGCCAGCAAAAAGCAAAUAUCGCCGCAAGUUCAUCAAAUCUUCCUCAAAGCCAUCGGAUGCAACUGGCUCGUCUGCCUCGCUGUCUUCCUGGGCAUCCAAGCCAAAGAUCUCGCCUCCAAGGUCAUCGGUAUGUGGUGGCCCAUCUUCGCCUUCGUCGUCCUCGGCCUCGAGCACGUUGUCGCCAACAUGUUCUACAUGUCUCUUGCCAUCUGGCUCAAGACACCCGACCUCACUGUCGGGCUAUAUAUUUGGAAAGGCAUGAUCCCAGCUACGAUUGGCAACAUUAUUGGCGGUGGCAUGUUUGUAGGCGUGUAUUACUGGUACAUGUACUUGUUUGACGAGGACCCUGUCAAGGUUGAUGGUGUUGAGUACCAGGGUCCCCAUGUGGAUUCUCACCUGCACAUGCACUUCCUUGCCAACAGAAAUAAAGGUAAUGUCACCGAUGAGGAGAGUAGGAUUGAGUCAGCACAUGUCUCAAUGCCGGCCAGUGUUCUCGCGAAAUAG